AUAAAACGUGUGUGUACUGCGUACACAUCUAUGUGUCAUUUGAUUAUUACUGUUGCUCUGUACAACUGCAACUAUUGACCAUUAUAAACUGAUCAGCUGAUCAGUUUCUCAGACUCAAUUCAUGGAUCAUGGAGAAAAUGAUCAGAAGAUUAAUCCAUAAUGAAAAUGAUCAUUGGUCACAACCUGAUAUAAAACAGUAAUUGAAUGAUAUUAUGAUCUGAACUCUGCUGCUCAUCAACCUGUUUACACCUGUUGCUGCCUUCAGAGUCAAUGCUGGGUCUGAACCAUCUACCUGAACUCACCCCGACUGUGGUCCUCUGACAUCACCUUCCUGCAGUUCAGACUGUUCUGGUCUUUGGUUCUAUCAGAGCAGAACAUGUUGUAGACUCCUCUCCUCAGAGAGCACCUCCUCUCCUGACUACUCUAACAAAUGUCUGACAACAUGUCUGACCAGCUCUGACCGUGAACUUCACCUCAUCUCCUUCACUUCUUAAACUCAUGUAGAAGUGACACCAAGGUCGUCCUUCACUCUCUAACAUUACAGCAGCACUUUUACUUGUACCAGAGUAUUUUAGAGUGUUUAUUAGUACUUUUACUGCAGCACAAUUACAAUACUUCCUCCACCUCUGGGUUCAGUCGGAUCCUAAUCAACAUCUGUUAAAAACUGAUUUUACAAUGAAAGAAAAAAGUUGUUUUGUUGGUUGGGAUUAAAAAUCUUUUCGGACUCAGUGUGUGUGUGUGUGUGUGUGUGUCUGUACAAUCUCUUCAGACUAAAGUUGCACAUGAAUCAAAAUGAGCUAUCUGGCACUCGAGCCAGACUCUUAUUGUGAAGAUCAGAGCGGAAUUGCGCUGCCCGCACCUGUGUGAAUUGACGCAGGUUCAAUCAGGAAACAACAAACAGCUCAGACCCGCCGGUGAUCCUCGGCUCUCUCCGCCGGACUCUGAGCUCCUGAGAGCGGCUGCAGCUGCUGCGGAGAGCCGCUGAGAGGAGCCGGGGACCCGGACAGAGGUGCAACACGUCACUUACAGGUGGACCAAUAACAACCAGAGAUCUUUGUGCUAAGCUAAGCUCACCACAGAUGUCAGUGUUGACAGUGUUGACUUCAACACUCCCAGUCUGAGCCGCUCUCCAGCUGUUAGUCUAAACUGGGAGACCAGAAUGUUCCCUCCCCCCUCCCUCUCUGGCCCUUCACAACUCCUCCCCCUCGUCUUCUCACAGAGAGGAUCAGCAGCCGGACAUAUCAGGGGAUGUUAUCGUGUCCACCUACCACCUCCCCCUCCCCCUCCCCCCCUCCACCCACCAACACAAUGACCUCUGACCCCCACCGUGCUGCCAUGGAAACCUACUGGAGGGAAGUGCAGAGCAUCGAGGAGGAGAAGGAGGGAGAAGAUGAAGAUGAGGAAGAGGAGGAGAGGAAGAGUAUGGACGGUAAGUCAAACUUACAGCAGAGUGAAACAUCCCCUCCCUGUCUCACCUCUACCUGUCUUUGUUUACCUGCAGAGGUGGAGCUGGAGGAGGUGUGGCUGACAGAGGCGGGGUUAUCCUCCCUGGUGACAGGCUCGUCGGAGGACGAGGCGCCGCCGCCGCCAGCCGAGGCAGUGCUGUCCACGUUGACACGGCAACAAACUGCCACAGUGAGGAGGAGGCUGGACAUAUACAAUGAGACACUGAAGAAGAGAAACAAGCAGCCAAUCAGAGACGUCCGGGACAUCUUCACUCAGUCUGACAAUGACUCAGCUGACAGAUGCCCCUCCCCCUUCUCUCACCACUCUGCGUCACCACCAAGUCGAUACCACACCACCACCAAAACCAUCCGCCGCAGCACUCACAGAGUUCGAUCAACUCUUCCCACGUUUCUGUUUGAGGAUCAGCUUCCUGAACACCCAUCAUCCCCCACAAACACACACUCUCCGUCAAACACACACUCUCUGACACUCACUCCCUCCCCUCCUCACACUCACUCACCACCCGUCAGUCAGUCAAGACGAGCUGAUUGGCUGCUGCGGGACUCUCCGUAUUCAGAGGGUGUGGCCGAGCACAAACGGGGCGGGACUUGUUGGGACUGCCUGCAUUUCAUUGAGGAUGACAACAGUGACCUGUCAGUGAGUCUGAUCUGUGACAUUCACCUGUUUGUUACCAUGGAGACCAGCAACAUCAUUUUAAUAAUUUCUGAGUUUGUACCUGUUUGUCCCUCUCAGGAUCUCACCUGCGCAGAUGACCUGUCAUCAUGUGACCUCACCCAGCUCUGCUUCAUCUCUCACAUCGAGCUCUCCACCUUCCUGGUCGCUCUGGGUGUCCAAAUCAAACAUACCCGUCCACCACGCCGCAGAACCCAGGACGGCGGCGUAUUCGGUGUUCCUCUGAACUCAUUGUUGGAGAAUGACAGGAAAAGGUUUCCUGGAAUCAAAGUUCCUGUCGUCUUCCAGAAGUUGCUGUGUAUCUUAGAGCAGACCGGCCUGCAGACUGAGGGGAUUCUCAGAGUACCAGGAUCAGCUGCCAGACUGAAGUACCUGCGUAGAGAGUUAGACAGGUGUGGUGGAGACUUGGACUGGUCUGCAGUCAGACAGGUGGACGCUGCAGGUCUUCUGAAGCUUUUCAUCAGAGAGCUGCCGACACCUCUGCUGACACACACACACCUGUCCACCUACCGCUCUGUGCUGGGUGUGUCGUCUGUUCUCCAUCAGGUUCAGGCUCUGCAGCUGCUGUCGUUGUUACUUCCUGAAGUCAACAGAGACACACUCAGAGCCCUGUUAGUCUUCCUGCGUAAGGUAGUCUCUCAUCAGGACCAAAACCGGAUGUCUCUGUGGAAUGUCUCCAUGGUAAUGGCACCCAACCUGUUCUCCUGCCAUCACCAUGGUAACAAGCUAUCCAUCACCAAGCAACGGGAGGAGAUGGAGGAGGCGGUAGGCGGAGCUCAACUGAUCCGGCUGAUGAUCACACACCAGGACCUGUUGUGGAUCGUUCCAAGCUUCCUGUUGUCUCAGGUGAGACGGAUGAACCAGGCAACCAAUCAGAAACAGUCCGGGCUAACGAGGACAGGGAGACGACUCCUGAGGAGGAAGAGUGACAAGAAUGACAGAAACCAGAUCACAGAGCUUUGUGAAGGUGUGAUCAGGGUCUGUGCCCCCCUACACACCAAGGUCUCCAUGGCGAUACAACUUGACGGACAAAUGAGAGCCAAAGACGUAACCGCCCGCUUCGAGUUUGAGAACAGUCCUGUUCAGAGUCUGUACGAAGUCGGAGGAAACAUCUGUGAGCGUCGUCUCCAUCCAGACUGCAUCCUGUUGGAUGUUUACAGAGCGAAUCCUCACUGUGAUUGGCUGAUCAAACCCUGACACACAAUCUUUCUCACCUGUGUCACAACUUGUUCUACCUGUCUCAUUGCCUCUGGCAACCUGUUGAACCACUCUCCCCCGUCUCACCACCACUUCCAAAACUAGUUCCAACCUGUCUCACAACGUGCCUUACCACCCGACAGUCUCAUAACUCGUCUUACCUCCUGCCCCACAAGUCUCCAGCUGUCUCACCACUAGUCUGAACCUGUCUCACGACUCUCAACAACUUACACCUAUAGCCAACACUUGACAUCACAGCGGUGACAUCACAUUCCAUCAUUCAUCAGAUGGUAUAAACAUAAGGCUCCUAAACUUCAGUGUUCAAACAUGUAUCAAUGGAGAACAAUAGAAAGUUUCUAUUGAUAUUUACUUUGUAUUUUGUACAUAUUGAUUAUUGAUAGCAAAGCAGAGAAUCAAUCGGUCUCUUCCUGUUCUGUUGUUUGUAAUAAACUAAAAUGUGGAUGUAAAAACCUGCUCAUA